CGGCUCGCGGCGGGCAUGUCUGCGCUGACCCGGCUGGCUCCUCUCGGCCGCGUGGGCGGCCGCCUGCUGCGGGGCUGCCGCGCGCGGGCGGCUGGCGACGGCGGAGUCCGCCGUGCUAGCGGUGGCGUGCACAUUCCCCCCAAGUACAGGGAGUUUCCCCAGCUUACCCGAAAUCAGGUGAUCCAGGGUGAGUUCUUAAGCUCACUCAUGUGGUUCUGGAUUCUUUGGCGCUUUUGGCAUGACUCGGACGCUGUGCUGGGCCACUUUUCAUACCCAGAUCCUUCGCAGUGGACAGAUGAAGAACUGGGCAUCCCUCCUGAUGAUGAGGACUGAAAAAGUGUAAGCUCAAGUCUGUGCAAGCAGGAGCAAGGUGAGAAGUUUCAAGAAAUUACAGCCUUCAUAUUUAAAGUUGCAAAUAAAGUGGUUUGCAAGAAUGA